AUGACCUCGGCGGGGGAGGCGGCCGGUUCCCCCCCGCUGCCCGCUGCGGUUGGCGGCCACCGGCGGAGCCCCCUGGACCGGCUCCCGCCCCCCGCCAACACCACAAAACCGCUGACCCCCUUCGGCAUCGAGGACAUCUUGGGGCGCCCCCGUGGCGGGAGCCCCCCCGGGACUGGGACCGGUCCCGCCGCCCCCCCCGCCCCGACAGGGCCCCGCGGCGGCGGCGGCGGCGGCUGCGCCCCAGCCUCGCCGCUCUGGGCGCUGGAGGAACUCGCCAGUAAAACCUUUCAGGGGCUGGAGCUGGGAAUGCUGCAGGCGGCCGGAGGUCCGUCCCCGCCGGGCGCCUCGGGCCCGCGCCCUCCCUGCAGGAAGCGUCGCAAGUCCCGGACCGCGUUCACGGCGCAGCAGCUGCGGGAGCUGGAGCAGCGAUUCCGGCGGCAGCGCUACCUCUCCCCGGUGGACCGGGACGCGCUGGCGGCGCGGCUGGCGCUCUCCGCCGCCCAAGUCAUCACCUGGUUCCAGAACCGCCGCGCCAAGCUCAAGCGGGACCUGGAGGAGCUGCGGGCGGACGUGGCCUCGCUGCAAGCGCUGCCCCCCGCCGCCCUGCAGCAGCUGGCGGGGCUGCCCGAGGCCCCGGGCUCUCCCGUACCGGCACCGGGACCACAGAGCCCGCCGAGCUCUCGGAGGAGGAGAUCGACGUGGCGGACUGAGCCGAGCACGCUCGGCUCCGCUCGGCUCUGUUCCGAUCCACUCGAACCGAAACUGCUCCGUUCGGAUGCGCGCGGCCCCAUUCGGGCCGGCUCGGCUGAGUUCGGAUUCGCUCGGGUCGGUUCAAGCCGAGAACCGUUCGGAUCCGCUGGACUCCGUUCGGCUCCGUUCGGGUGCACUCGGGUCCGUUCGGACUGA